AUGCAGCAGCAGGAGAAAUGGUUGCCGGGUUCAUAUCUGAAUAUUCAGGUGUCUCAGGCACAGGGUCAGCCCUGGUGGAAGGUGCAGCUGUUUGUUUGGGAACCUGUGCUGUUCGGGACCUGGGAUGGGGUCUUCACCACCUGCAUGAUCAAUAUUUUUGGAGUCGUUCUCUUCUUGAGAACUGGGUGGCUUGUGGGAAACACUGGUGUUUUGCUUGGCAUGCUCCUGGUGUCCCUGGUGGUGGUGGUUGCCUUGGUAACCGUGUUUUCCGGGAUAGGAGUGUGUGAGCGCUGUCGAGUUGGAAGCGGUGGAGUGUAUUCCAUGAUUUCGACAGUCCUUGGAGGGAGAGUAGGAGGGACAGUCGGUCUCCUCUACGUCUUUGGACAGUGUGUUGCAGGUGCCAUGUACAUCACUGGCUUUGCAGAGUCCAUUGCAGAGGUGCUGAACCUCAGUAAUAUCUGGGCCGUCCGGGGGAUAUCCAUGGGAGUGCUGCUGGGGCUGCUGGGAAUUAACCUCGCCGGGGUCAAAUGGAUUAUCAGACUCCAGCUGCUCCUGCUGGCCGUGCUCGCUGUCUCCGCCCUGGACUUCGUCGUGGGAACAUUCUCUCACUUAGACCCAGUGCAUGGCUUUGUUGGGUAUUCAGAGGAGCUGCUCCGUAACAACACCCUACCUGACUACACGCCUGGAGAGUCCUUCUUCUCUGUGUUUGGGGUGUUCUUCCCUGCAGCCACAGGUGUGAUGGCCGGGUUCAACAUGAGUGGAGAUCUCCAGAAGCCGGCGAUCAACAUCCCAGUGGGGUCCUUGGCUGCCAUCGGUACCUCGUGGUUCCUGUACUUGGUCUUUGUGUUCCUGCUGGGAGCCAUUUGUACGAGGGAGGCGCUGCGAUAUGACUUCUUGUUAGCAGAGAAGGUUUCCUUGGUGGGGUUCCUGUUUUUACUUGGGCUGUACAUUUCCUCCCUGGCGUCCUGUAUGGGUGGUCUGUAUGGGGCGCCCAGAAUCCUUCAGUGCAUCGCACAGGAAAAAGUGAUACCCAUCCUUGGCGUCUUAGGACAAGGGAGAGGACCAAAUAAGACACCAAUUGCUGCCAUUUGCUUAACAAGCCUCAUCACUAUGGCAUUCAUCUUCAUCGGCCAGGUUAACGUCCUGGCCUCUAUAGUCACCAUUAACUUCAUGCUGACCUACAGUAUCAUAGAUUACUCCUACUUCUGUGUGUCGAUGAGCUAUGACCUCCAGAUGAAACUGACGAGGCCGCUGCCCAAGGAAGAGUCCAGAACUUUGAUCUUCGGCAGACAUUCAGACUAUGGAACAGACGGUAUGGUGAAGAACCGGAGAAACGGGACCUUGCUGGAAUUCACAAAGGACAUGGACCAGAUAUUCCAGCCUGUGGACCCUAGCAUGGAGAACAAGGAACGAGAAAGAGAAAAGAGAGAGAAGGAAAGCGAACUGAAUCGGAAGAGCAAAUCGUGGAGAACGCGGAAGCCAGCCAAGCAAACGCUGAUGGAUAGUUUUCGGCUGGAUUUGGAGAGGUCUGCAGCCUCAGUUAAAGAAUGUGCCAAGACCUCCAACACUGAGUCAGUGAACUGCAGUGAAGCCGGUGCUGCUGCCAAUAGCGCUCAGGAGGAACAAGACCUGAUGGCACAAGCCUUCGACAGUCAGGAACAACAGCUGGUGUCUGUGGUUCUGGGGUCUGACCCACGAAAUGACAAGGCGGAGUCGGCCUUUCAAAGACAGAGCUCCAGAGACAGGGAUGACUCUCAGGAAGAUUUUACUGCCAAGCAGAGACUUCAGGGAACUGAAAUUCAAGAAAAGCCAAUAUCGUUUUACUCCAGGCUCUGCAAUCACUGGGUGUCUUUAGUUGGUGCAGUAAGCUCAGUUAUGAUCAUGUUUGUAAUCCAAUGGAUCUAUGCCUUUGUGAACAUUGGAAUGGCAAUACUUCUCUACUUCUACAUUGGAAAAGUGAGCCCUGGUCUGCCUCCAGGAGUAGCUGCACACUUCAGCUUCUUCAAAUGGAUCCAAUCUUUGCUUAAAAACAUAGGAAGGAGAGGACCAACCCCUCAAGAGCAGAUUGUCGUGACACCCUCCUUUGCAAGAGUUGGCAUGGAGACCACGCAGCUCACUGAGGAGAAUGCAGACUUCGCCUCAAGAGACCGCUAUCACCAUUCUUCCAUCAUCAGCGCAGAGGAAUUGAAUCACCCGCUCCAUUGAGAAAGAAGCGUCCGGCUUUGUAAGACCGUCUGACACCGGACCCGUUCCCCUUUUCUCAGGCCUGGUUUUACACCGUGAAACUAAAGAAAAGGAAUGCUAACAAUACUCCCUCAAACUGUUGUUAUUUUUUUAGUUCACAGAGGAAAAAAGUCAUUGUAAAAACUAAUUGUAGAAAAUAUUGACUACCCCUCUGCUCACUACAUGCUCUUCUGAAGUGGCAUUUUUUUAAUGUCACAAAGGAGCAUAUUUAACCCAAAAAUUUGACUUUCUGUGUGAUUCUGAUUUUGUAUAAUUUAAUAGAGAUGAGAUAUUGUAUUUAAACUAUUUUGGUGGCUUUAACCCAUAUAGUGUGUAUAUAUAUAUAUAUAUAUAUAUAUAUAUAUAUAUAUAUAAUAUGUGUAUGUGGCAAAUUAUUUUUUUGCUAUUCAGGAAUGUUUUCAAUUGAAAAAUAUGCAAGAUUGCACUGACCAAACUGGAGAGUGAAACUCCUUUCAUGAGUAAUUUUUUUAAUUUAAUUUCUUUUAACUAUACACACUUUUCAAAACCUUGGUGAAAUUCAGAUUUCCAUUUUAUGAGUUCAUAAACUGAGCCUCAGGCUCUUGUGUGCAGUUGUGAUGUGUAGAUGAAGAAGAUGAAGAUGAAGAAUGUUGAAACAGGACAAUGGCUAACAGGAGGCUUGCUGUACACCUGGUAAAACUCCCAGUGUUGAAACAGUAAAAUCCACCUGUCAGAAACACUUUAGGAAUGGGAGUUCAUUAUAUUAUUGAACAGGGUCAUUUUGGUACGUUAUCAAACAGAAGAACAUUUCAAAAGCAUUAAAAAAAAGAUGACAGAUAAGCCUGCAUAAUAAAAACAUCCAGCCCAGCCACCCAUCCACUUGAUAAAUGCAUGUAGUGUGCAGUAUUGCAAAACUAGCACAUAUUGUUGGGACCAGUUUUGUAGCAAUUCUACUGUAGCAUUUAAAAGAGGGACUUACAAGUUUGAGCUGGUUAGUUGAAAUAUUGUCUUCUUUAUUAUAAUUAACCUGUAAAUAGGUUGGAAAUGGCAAUAGUAGUUCACUUGGAUUUAUUUUUUAUAUGUAAAGCACCGAGUCUGUACGUUUUCCUUUAUCAUCUUUUCCUGGGUGUUUCUAUAAAGAAUGCUGGUUAGCGCCUCAUUAACAUAGUAAUUGAAUUCUUGUGGGUCUCCAUCAGUGUCAGAACAAAGGCCUGCAGUACAAUCUCGAUUUUAAAGUUAUUAAAAUGCUAGUCAGCUGCAACUGUAGUAACAGCCUACGUAUCUGUGUUCUUUUCUUUUGCAGAGCACAGCCCGCAUAAAGGUUUUGGGCUACCAGGAUAUCUUAAACAUUUGUGGACUUGCUAGAAGUUCACUGAUGGUAUGUCAGCAUAGAGAUAUGAAUCAUGAUGCCUCUGCUGCUGUUGCAGCUUGACUCUGUUACGGACGGAGUGUCGUUGAGGUCAAGGCGUGCAAACAGCGCCUGCUAACUCCAGAGUGUUAGUACUGGUGCAGGUGACAUCACAAACCCCGCAAUUAUGGAAGGUUAAUUUGUGGAAUACCAGAACACUUUAUACACACUCUCACACACAUGGGCAACUUCUCUGUGGAAGUCCAGGCUCAUUCUUUGAAAUAUAGUUGAUUUCUUGCAAUUGUAACACCCAUGCAAAUAACAAAUACUUAAUGUUUAGUACUUUUACACAUAGAAUGAAUGAAUGAAUAAAUAAAUAAAUAAAUAAAUAAACAAUUAAACUAAAUUGAACUAAACAGUGUGUAACAUGC